GAGGGGCGCAGGCCGCCGGGACGCGAUGGGCGAGGGCGGGCUUCCCCCGGCCUUCCAGCUGCUGCUGCGUGCUUGCGACCAGGGCGACACCGAGACGGCGCGGCGGCUGCUCGAGGCGGGGGCGGCGGAGCCGGCGGAACGCAGCGCGGAGCCUGAGGCGGGCGCGGAGCCGGCGAGGGCCGAGGCGGCCGGGCCCGGGGCGGCGGCGGCCGGAGCGCCAGUGCCCGUGGACUGCUCGGACGAGGCGGGCAACACGGCGCUGCAGUUCGCCGCGGCCGGGGGCCACGAGCCGCUGGUGCGCUUCUUGCUGCGCCGCGGCGCCUCGGUGAACAGCCGCAACCACUACGGCUGGAGCGCGCUCAUGCAGGCAGCCAGAUUUGGGCACGUGAGUGUGGCACAUCUCCUUUUGGACCAUGGGGCUGAUGUCAACGCCCAGAACCGACUAGGGGCCAGUGUGCUCACCGUGGCCUCUCGGGGUGGCCACCUGGGCGUGGUGAAGCUGCUUCUGGAAGCUGGUGCCUUUGUGGACCAUCACAACCCCUCCAGCGAGCAGCCGGGGGCAGGGGACAGCAGGGACGAGCUGUUGGACAUCACAGCCCUGAUGGCUGCCAUCCAGCAUGGGCACGAGGCCGUAGUGCGUCUGCUGAUGGAGUGGGGUGCGGACCCCAACCGUGUGGCCCGAACUGUGGGCUGGAGCCCGCUGAUGCUGUCGGCGCUCAUUGGGAGGCUUGGCGUGGCCCAGCAGCUGGUGGAGAAGGGGGCCAACCCUGACCACCUCAGCGUGCUGGAGAAGACCGCCUUCGAGGUUGCACUGGACCGCAAGCACAGGGAUCUUGCAGACUACCUGGACCCACUGACCACAGUCAGGCCCAAGACAGAUGAGGAGAAAAGGCGGCCUGAUAUUUUCCAUGCAUUGAAAAUGGGAAACUUCCAGCUGGUCAAAGAGAUUGCAGAUGAAGACCCCAACUAUGUGAAUCUGGUCAAUGGGGAUGGGGCCACCCCGCUGAUGCUGGCAGCGGUCAUGGGGCAGCUGCCUCUGGUGCAGCUGCUGGUGGAGAGGCAUGCCGACGUUGACAAGCAGGACAGCGUGCAUGGCUGGACGGCCCUCAUGCAGGCCACCUACCACGGGAAUAAGGAAAUUGUCAAAUAUCUGCUAAACCAAGGGGCUGAUGUCACUCUUCGUGCAAAAAACGGGUACACGGCCUUUGACCUAGUGAUGCUGCUGAGUGAUCCUGACACGGAACUUGUUCGACUGCUGGCAUCUGUCUGCAUGCAGGUGACUAAAGACAAAGGCCGGCCCAGCCACCCACCGCCUCCGCCCCACUCGAAGGCUCGACAGCCCUGGAGUGUCCCAGUGCUGCCCGAUGACAAAGGCGGGCUUAAGUCCUGGUGGAACCGAAUGUCCAAUCGGUUCCGGAAGCUCAAACUGACGCAGACCCUGCCCCGCGGGCUCUCCAGCAACCAGCCUUUGCCUUUCUGUGAUGAGCCAGAGUCAGCACUGGACUCCACGAUGCGGGCGGCCCCCCAGGAUAAGCUAAGCCGCCUGGGGCUUCAGGCUGUCGCCCCUUCUAUGAAAGAGAACGGUCCUGGGAGCACGAGAGGAGACAAAGAAGAUGUGUUAUUGACCACCAUGCUUCGCAACGGAGCCCCCUCCCCCAGACUCCCGAGUGACAAGCUGAAGGCAGUCAUCCCCCCUUUCUUACCCCCUUCCAGUUUUGAGCUGUGGAGCUCCGAUCGGUCCCGGACAUGUCACAGUGGGAAGGCAGAGCCCGUGAAGACUGUGCUGCCCCAGAGAGCUGGCAGGGGUGCCCCCGUGGGCGUGGCUGGUGGGAGCACCGAUGCUACUCCUAUCAGGCCUGUUAAAUUUCCAUCUCUCUCCAGAAGCCCCACCUCUCCCGCCAAUUCUGGAAACUUCAACCACUCACCUCAUUCCUCAGGUGGCUCCAGCGGGGUAGGGGGCUCGAGCAGGCAUGGCGGGGAGCUGCAUAACCGCUCAGGCGGUGGCAUAGACAGUGUCCUGUCCCAAAUCGCUGCUCAGAGGAGAAAAGCCGCUGGUUUGUCGGAGCAGAAGCCCGGCCGCCAGUCAAGUCCCGCUGGGCCAGCACCAGGGUCCAGCUCGUCUGAACUCCCGGUCUCCCCCGCAGGCAGUGGCGGUCCCAGCGGCAAGCAGAAGCUGGAGACGAGCAAAAGGCCGCCGUCUGGAACUUCCACUCCCUCCAAGAGCACCUCGCCUACGCUCACGCCCUCCCCUUCACCCAAAGGGCACACGGCCGAGUCCUCAGUGUCCUCCUCCUCUUCCCAUCGGCAGUCCAAGAGCAGUGGGGGCUCCAGCAGCGGCACCAUCACAGACGAGGAUGAACUGACUGGAAUCCUUAAGAAAUUGUCACUUGAGAAAUAUCAGCCCAUUUUUGAGGAGCAAGAGGUGGACAUGGAAGCCUUCCUCACGCUCACCGACGGCGACUUGAAGGAGCUGGGUAUUAAGACAGACGGAUCCAGGCAGCAGAUCCUGGCAGCGAUUUCUGAACUGAAUGCGGGCAAGGGACGCGAGAGACAGAUUUUACAGGAAACCAUUCACAACUUCCACUCUUCCUUUGAGAGCAGUGCCAGCAACACCAGGGCCCCAGGAAACAAUCCCUGUACAUGAUCCUCCCUCUUGUGGUGACUAGCGUGAGCUUUCUGAAUCCCAGUGCUGCCCUCACGUAGCCCGUGCUCCAGCCACCAUCAACUCCUCCCCAUUCCCUGGAACACGCCUCGGUUGGUCACACCGCCGUGCCUUUGUCACGUUCCCUCUGCCCCAAAUGCCUGUCUUCCCUUCUCUUCUCUGCUUUCGUAGUUGGUGAUGCUCUUGCUGUAACAAACUCCAACGCGGUAGACUUAUCCUCA